GUCAAUUGGCUUGUGAUCCUGGCCAUGUCGCAUAAGGAGUCUGUCACUGGAAGACGUAAGAUGUGAAUUCUCAAGGAGUUUCCAAGAAAGGACUGUAAAUGUACGUAUAGAAUCAAAGGGCAGGCAGUAAAGAGAAGUUUAUUUUUGACAAGGCGGCUGUAAAAAGUUCAUCAAUUAAGGGAAAGCAGAAGUUCACAGAUAUAGGUGUGAAUGGUACCAUGGUGUAGGAUCAGGACAUGCCUGAGAUGUCUUCAGUAUGGAAUUCCAGUCCCUAACACCCCCUCCUGGUAACCAUAACAACACUGACAUGGCUCUUACACUGACCUCCACCCCUAACUCCUAUGGAGCUAUGAAGUUCAGUGCCUCUGAGAGUCAGUAUAAACAUGACAGACUUGACAAACCCAAAGAAAAAUCUCUGUGUAAUAGUGCUUCUAGUGUAGUCAAGAGCAACGGUCCCGAAAGUUCUAUUGACAGUGAUGAGUCGGACGAUAGUUCAAACUCGGAGGAUCGAGUUGAGUCUGAGUCAAACAGGCUGGGUGACCUCUCGGAUGAUAAUGAGCCAGUGGACUGCGACAACUGCAAUCUGGAUUUCCCUUCCAUGCAGGCCUAUAUGGAACACACUUGUGCCAUGAAAGCCUCGGACCCUGGGAAUUCUGACUCCACACCGGCUUCCAACGAUGGAGAUCUGAGUGAGGGGGAGAGCUUUGACGGGAAAAUUGUGUAUAAUUCUGAUGGCUCGGCUUACAUCAUUGAAGGGGGAGAUUCCGACCUCAGUGACCUUGACUCCAUUAUUGACUUGCCAAAUCAAGAAAACAUCAUUGUUGACAAGAAAGGAAGCAAUGUUGCAUCACAAGUCCCAGCAUUUCCUCACAUAGCAAAUGCUUUCUUUGUGUCAAAAAACUUUAAAAAUAUGUACAGCAUUCCAUCUUCUCCUUGCCCAGCACCGAUCAUGUUCAGUUACAGAGUGUAUGAUGUACGAAGAGGAAAAUCGGAGCGUGAUAUUGAAGUGGAGAAAAAUUCUACCUCAGAUGAAAGCUUGGUCCCAACAAAACCCAUAUUAAUGUGCUUUAUAUGUAAACUCUCUUUUGGAUAUGCAAAGUCUUUCAUGGCACAUGCUUCCUCAGAACAUUCAAUGUCUCUCAAUGAUCUGGAAAAGGACAUUAUGUCAAAGAAAAAUGCAUCCGCAAUCAUCCAGUGUGUCGGUAUGGAGAAGGAACCACUCAUGUCAUUUUUGGAACCAAAACCUCUUACAUCUUCUCCAAAACUUCAGUCAUCAUCAUCCGCUUCACAAGCAUUUCCUCCCAGUAGCAUCAAGAAUUCAUCAUACGGUUCCAUAGGAAGUAAUACUUCAGUUAGUUUUGUUUAUUCCAAACCAAAACUUUCUUCACCGCCAUUUUUACAGUUGAAUUCUGGGAAAUCCUCAUCUGAAAAUUCUCAGGGACAUUCAUUGAGAAGGGAAUCUGAGUCUGACUCUUUUCUGCACAAUGACAGAAGUUCUACCAAUGGUUACAAUGAUGAUGAAAAUUCAGCUGAUGAUGAGAUGUCAUCAUUGGAGAUCUCAGGUAUCAGGAGGAUUGAUUCUUCACAAGAGUCUAGUUUCCUACAGAAAAUGAAACAAAGCAGUGAAUCUUUCACUAAAAGCCAGAUUACCUCCAGCAAUUCUCAGCUCUUUGCUCCUUCAACCAUUUCAGUGGCAAAUCCCAGCCACUCCAUGAUGUUUUUAACAGUCUGUGAUGAGCACCCACAGGGAAGGGUGCAAGGAGUGGAGUGUCCUAAAUGUGAUAUGGUCCUUGGAUCCUCUCAGUCCUUGGGGGGUCACAUGACCAUGAUGCAUUCUCGAAACUCUUGUAAGACCCUGAAAUGUCCAAAAUGUAACUGGCAUUACAAGUAUCAAGAAACUUUGGAAAUCCAUAUGAAAGAAAAACAUCCUGAUAAUGAUCAGCAGUGCAUGUACUGUAUAUCAAGCCAACCUCAUCCAAGGCUUGCCAGGGGUGAAAGUUAUUCCUGUGGGUACAAGCCAUACCGUUGUGAAGUUUGUAAUUACUCCACAACAACCAAAGGGAACUUGAGCAUCCACAUGCAGUCGGACAAGCAUUUGAAUAAUGUUCAGGAAUUGGCCAAUGGGAAUGCAGAGAUGAAGAUUCCUCAGCAGCUACCUGCUCAACCACCUCAGCCACCUGCAGCUGCAGACCCUCUAAGCCACUUGAAGAAGAACAAGCCAAAACCAACCUGGAGAUGUGAUGUCUGCAACUAUGAAACAAAUGUUGCUCGAAACUUGCGCAUUCAUAUGACGAGCGAAAAACACACCCACAAUAUGAUGGUACUACAGCAAAACAUGAAGCACAUGCAGCGUGAUAUGCAGAUUCAGCAAAUGAAUCAACUCAUGCUAAUGCAGAAUGAUCCAGCAUUCUUAGCUGGUAUCUCAUCUCCAGUCCCUGGAAAUGUCAAUUUUCAGUUCGACCAAUCCAUGAUCAUGGCAGGCCUUCAAGGCCAAUUUGGAGAAAUCCCAGUAGAUCUGAGAAAAGAAAAUGGAGGAAUGGGUAUGUCCUUUGACCCACAUAUUCCAGAUGCUUCCAGAAUGUUUCAGUGCUGUGUCUGCAAUCAGCAUGCUACAGAUUCUUUGGAGAAUCUCCACCAACAUUUACAGCAUGACAGGACAAAGCACAGAGAGCAAGAAAAUAUCCAUGUCUCCCAGGGCACUUAUAUCUGCAAUCUCUGUCAGUACAAGACACAACUAAAGGCCAACUUCCAGCUCCACUGUAAAACGGACAAGCAUCUACAGAGGCUCCAACUAGUGAACCACAUCAAGGAGGGAGGCCCCAGCAAUGAGUGGAGGCUCAAGUACCUGAACGUCAGUAACCCCGUACAAGUUCGCUGCAACGCCUGUGAUUAUUACACAAACAGUAUUCACAAACUCCAAAUCCACACCGGAAAUCCACGUCACGAAUCCAACUCGCAGCUAUUCCGACACCUUCAGCACGGUGAAGGCAAGCUGAGCCCCAGUACCAAGAAGUAUUACCACUGCGCCCUUUGCAGUUUUUCAACGAGAGCCAAGCAGAACCUUAUACAGCACGUGAGGUCGAUGAAGCAUAUGCACAACGAGGGACUGAAGCAGAUCCAGAUGAAGGAGCAGAACAUCACCGAGAUUGACCCCGGCGAGAUCUUCAUGGUGAAGGAGUACAGGGAAGAAGACGAGGAGAGCAUCAAGUUUGAUGAAGAAGAUGGUGAAGAGUUAGAUGAAAGCAGCAUGGUGACAGAAACUGAGCUGCCAGACAAGCACAGUGACCUUCCGGCCGGGAUGUUCACCCCCACCACCCUGCCCCCAAUCUCCAAGGGAGGGCCACUCAACAACAACAACAACACCGGUUCCACCAACUCCAAUGUUCAUAAUGAGGAACAGAUACAUGUUUGCCCAUACUGUGACUACAGUAGUGCUAGCGAGAUGAGGAUUCAAGGUCACAUUGUCACCCAGCACACCCAUCGCUCACACACUGUCCUCUGUCCCCUGUGUCAGGAGGAGUUCAAGGACAAAUCUAGACUGGAGCGCCACCUGAUGUCCACCCAUAGCGUGAAAGCAGAGGGACUGCAGCGUCUUCUGAUGAUGGUGGAUAAAGGGGACUGGAUGCCAUCGUCUGUGGUCAGUCCUCCAGCCAAUCAAAACGCUAUCGUUCCAAUAGCCAACAUUCCAGUGGAUGGAUCAGAGGAAAUUAAUCUGGAAGUCAUGGAAGAAGAGGCUGCUAAGUUAGAGGCUGAAGAGGCUAUUGAUAUCUCCAAUUUCACAGAGGUAGGAGAGGUGGAAGAUCAGUAUCGCUGCCAGACUUGCUCCAAAACCUUCAACAACAUUGAUGGACUAUAUGCUCAUCAAAAUGAACUUGGACAUUUAGAGCUCAAGCAAACACCCAGGGGACCAGGAUAUCUUUGUUGGAAAAAAGGAUGUAAUCAGUAUUUCAAAACAGCUCAAGCACUUCAGGUUCAUUUCAGAGAAAUCCAUGCCAAAUGCCAAACUUUGUCAGCAUCUGAUCGCCACAUUUACAAGUACAAGUGUACCCAGUGCAGCCUAGCAUUCAAAAACCAAGAAAAACUUCAACUUCACUCUCAUUAUCAUCUCAUCCGUGCAGCCACAAAGUGCAAUUACUGUGGUCAGUCAUUUAGUUCUGUUGCUGCUCUGAGAAAGCAUGUAGAGGCAGGACACACAGAAGUGGAGGAAUCGGACAAAAAGAAUUACUUGGAAACCAUGAGUGAAAAUUCAGAAGCUUUGGUGGAGAUCUUGUCCAGCUCAGGGAUGGAAAAACUUUUGACCAGUGCAUCCUCAGCAAACAGAGGUGAAAAUUCCAUCUCUGCUGAUUCUACCAAAUCCUCACUUGUCUGCUCAACUUCCUCAGAAAAUACAAGUGAGGCAGCCAAAACCGAUUUGAAUUCCAAUGAGACACAAGAAAAAUCAGAUCGAGCAGAAACAUCUUCACCAACUGAUUCUGAAAAGAAACUGGAAAUGAUGGACACUAGUGACAGCAGUGAAUACAAGGACCAGCAAUUCCUGGAAGAUUACAUGAACAGUCAAGCAAUAGCUGAAGGUGGAUAUGAAGACCCCAGCAGGAAAUUUAAAUGCCACAGAUGCAAAGUUGCAUUUACAAAACAAAAUUACCUGACUGCUCAUAACAAGACUCUUCUUCACCGAAAAGGAGACAAGAUGAGUUAUCCCAUGGAAAAAUACCUGGAUCCCAAUCGACCAUUCAAGUGUGAUGUCUGUAAGGAAUCCUUUACGCAGAAAAAUAUCCUGGUGGUUCAUUAUAACUCAGUAUCUCAUCUUCACAAAGUUAAGCAAGCUCUACAGCAAGGGGAAGGCCCCCUCUCUCCUCCAAGCAAUGACACAACCUCAACAACUACAACACCAACCCCUUCAUCCGAGACGCAGCCCCAACCCAGUGCUGAUGACAAGAACAAACUGUACAAGUGUAACAUUUGUAAAGUUUCCUAUAGUCAAGGCUCCACACUGGACAUUCAUAUACGGUCAGUAGGACACCAGUCCACGGCAGCUAAGCUACCAGAACUCAUCUUGUCUGGACAGAUAGAUCUGAGUCAGCCAUUGAUUGAACAACCCAAUGAUGUACCCAAGUCACAGCAGCAGAAACUAUUGGCAGAAAUGCUACAACCUCACCAGAUCUUGGCAGCCACCAGUGCAGUUUCACAACCAUCUCUCUUGUUUCCAGGCAUUACCUCUGGAAUCCCAGCCAUGACACAGUUGAAUAUGUUGCCUGGAUUGUCUGCGCCUGCUACACUUUCUGAAUUAACCAGAUCAUCACAGUCUCCUGGGCAGACUUCUUCAUCCAAAUCCAAGACCAGCAGGGAUGUUGAGGAGGCAGUUGAUGUGAAGCAGGAGCAGCCAAAAGUAGACGGUGUUGAUGAUGCAAAGUCUCUCAAGUCAACUUACCUGUGCAACCGUUGUAAUGCUGUGUUCAUCAACCAGGAGAAUCUAGCACAACAUCAAAUGAUGUGCUUGUAUCAACCUGGAAGCAUUGCCUCCCAAAAUCGACCAAGGAGUAUGAAUUUCCUAGGGAGAAAGACACAAGUACAGAAAAAUUUGUUGGAAAAUAUUGGCUUUGAAUGUGUAAUGCAAUUUAAUGAAUUUAAUCAACCCUCAGUUAAGAGAGAAGUAAUGGAUGAAGAGGAUGAGGAGGAAGAAGGUGAAGGGGAACCUAAGGUAGAAUCUGAAAAAGAGGAAAAGAAAGAAGUAGAAAAACCAGAGAAAGUCGAAAAUAAUGAUCUGCCUGAACUCAACAAAAGUGUAUGUGUCACAUGCAAGAAAGAAUUUUCCAGUGUUUGGGUGCUCAAAUCACACCAAGAGGAAGUUCACAAAGAAGUAGUUCCUAUUAAUUUUGUGGAAAAUCUAGGAGAACAAUUCAAGACAGACUAUGAGAAAAAACAGCCAAAAGAAUUGGAAAAAGACCCAUCCCCUGCACCAUCUGACUCUAUGUCCAACCGUGCAAGUGAAACCCCAACACCAACAAUGGAGUCCAAUUCUGAAAUGCCACCACCCCCACCUCCAUCUUCAUCUGUUCCUCAGGUCAGCCCUGCUCAAUUAGAUAUGGCAGCUCAAAUGAUGCCAAUGUUUGGACUUGGAAUGCCAAUGCCUGUUCCUCUAAGUAUGGCCAUGGCUAUGAAUAUACAGCCUCCUCUGAUGCCUAUGAUGUUUGGUCCCCUGGUAGGAGAGGGCAAUAUGCCUACAACUCCCACAUCUAUGGCUGAACAAGCAAUGCCAAAACAGCAACAAGCCGCUCAAGCUGCUCAAAUUGCUGCUCAGCAAGCAGCUCUGAACCAGAAGCGAGCUAGAACCAGAAUAAAUGAUGAGCAACUGAAGAUCCUUAGAGCACACUUUGACAUUAACAAUUCUCCCAGUGAAGAGCAAAUUAAUGCAAUGUCUGAGCAAUCUGGACUACCACAAAAAGUGAUAAAACACUGGUUCAGAAACACACUCUUCAAAGAGAGACAAAGAAACAAAGAUUCACCAUACAAUUUCAACAACCCCCCAAUGACAACACUGGAUCUUGAAGAGUAUGAAAAAACAGGAAAGAUCCCACAGACCAUUGAGGAGAAGUCACAGGAGGUUACCAGUAAACCCAUCAUUGAGAAAGAAUCUGAAGAAAUCCAAGUUAAGAAGGAGGUUACCAAACCUGACACCCCCACAGUGACUCAGUUUUCUCCGCAGCAGCAACAUCAGGAUUUCCAAAAACAAAUACAGCAACUUCAGCAACAACAGCAGCAGCAUCUUCAGCAACUUAAACAGCAACUACAACAACAACAAAGCAUGUUCAAAGAAAAAGUCAUUGAUCAGUCCCCUUUGAAGCUUGACACUUCUCAUCGCGAGUCUCCCGACUUGAGUGAUAAUGAUUAUUCCAACAUGUCAGCUGCCUCUUCCAUCCCAUCCACAUCAAACCACAUGCCACCCUUCAUGAUGACUUCUGGCUCAGGGGACGACAUCAGACCAAGGUUUGAACCAACACCAUACCACAGUGGAUACGCAAAGCGGGCAAACCGCACAAGAUUUACCGACUACCAAAUUAAAGUUCUCCAGGAAUACUUUGAACAAAAUGCUUACCCCAAAGAUGAUGAGUUGGACCAUUUGUCACAAGUUCUCAACCUUAGUCCAAGAGUUAUUGUAGUCUGGUUUCAAAAUGCUAGACAGAAGGCCAGAAAAAUUUAUGAAAAUCAGCCUCCACCAGAAACUAGUACUAAAGAAUCACCCAAUGUCAACUCCAACUCUCCAUUCCAGAGAACUGCAGGGUUAAAUUACCAAUGUAAAAAGUGCUCAGCUGUUUUCCAGCGCUACUAUGACCUGAUUCGGCACCAAAAGAAGCAAUGUGGAUUGGAUUCUGAAAAGAUCCAGAUGCCUCUGCAUGGAGGAAUGGAAGAAGACAGUGACUCCUUGUCUACUCUGUCAAGGGAUGAUUUCAAUGAUGAAACAGCAUCCACCAACUCUCAUGAUGUGUCUGGCUCAGGUGAUAAAGACCAAUUAAGCAAAAUAAAAUUCAAAUGUGAAAAAUGUCACCUCUCCUUUGAUGGACUAGAACACUGGCAGGAGCACCAGGCUGUACAUGCUAUGAACCCAGGCUUGUUUGGUAAUCUGCCAUCUAACAGCGCAUUUGGAGUCCUCCAGUCUAUGGCUGCAGCACAACAACAGGAGAGCAAGAAUCUGAUGAAGAGGAAACUCAAUGACAGCUUUGAAGACAAGUUUGAUGAUGAUGAUGACCAGCCAAGAGAUAAGCGACUUAGAACUACAAUCCUACCAGAACAGCUAGACUACUUGUAUCAGAAAUACCAAGUUGACUGCAACCCAAGUAGAAAGCAGCUAGAGACUAUUUCUGCAGAAGUGGGUCUGAAGAAACGUGUUGUUCAAGUAUGGUUCCAGAAUACAAGAGCAAGGGAAAGAAAAGGACAGUACAGAGCACACCAGCAGCUUAUCCAUAAGAGAUGCCCUUUCUGCAGAGCACUGUUUAGGGCUAAGUCAGCUCUGGAAUCUCACUUGGCCACCAAGCAUCCAGAAGAAAUGGCCAAAGGUGACAUUAAUGUGGACAACCUUCCUGAUGCAGCCAUAGAGCCUCCAGGUUCCCAGGGAUUUGGAUCAUUGAUGACGUCACCAUCAGACAUGAGUAAGCUUCUGUCUCCUCAUGGCAUGCAGUCUUUUAUGCCUGGACUCUCAUUCAAUGACCAGCUGCAGAUGUCCAUGAAACAGUUUUAUGAAGACUCUUACAAGAAAUAUAUGAGUGAUCUGACCAGCACUCCCAAGGACCAUAAUGAGAGAGAAAAGGAAUAUGAAACUCCUGUCUCUUCAAAAACAAAUAGUGCUAACAACAAGUCCAGCAAUGGUGGAUCUGAGGCACCUUUAGAUCUGAGUAAACCAUUGAAAGUAAACACUGACCAUGACAAACAUUCAGAUGGACCGUCUACAGACAUUAGUGAGAGGAGCUUUGAAGAUCAUAAUAUCUCAAACAAAAGCUUCAAUGAUUCCAUUUCUGAGACCUGUUCUAACAAUGAGAACGAUGAUUCUUACAAUAUCUCGACCAGUCGUUCCUCCUCUCCACUGGGACAUUCAGCAAUUCAAGGAAAGAGAUACCGAACUCAAAUGACAAGUGUACAAGUACGAAUAAUGAAAAGCAUCUUUGUUGACUACAAGACCCCUACCAUGGCAGAGUGUGAAAUGCUUGGACGUGAAAUUGGCCUGCCAAAGCGAGUGGUCCAAGUGUGGUUCCAGAACGCCAGAGCCAAAGAGAAGAAGGCCAAAUUAACCAUGAACAAGGGCUAUAGUGCUGAAUUAGAUUUUCCCAAGCCUCCAGAAGAAUGUACUCUUUGCCAUUUCAAGUAUUCCCACAAGUAUACCAUUCAAGACCACAUUUUUACCAAGAAACAUAUUGACAAAGUCAAGAUGUACAUCCAGUCUCAAUCAGAUGUGGAAAGCAAUCUCACGGCACAAGGGACAUCCUCCUCGACCUCGGAUGCCCUCCGCCAGCACCAGGAGAUGGGGCGUAUGAGGAAAGCUUGGGACGAGGCUGCAGCCCUGGCUAACAGUCAGCCCCACCUAGCUCAGCUCCAGGCCAUGGGACUCGGAGCUUUAGGAUUGCCCCAGAUGCCAGGAUUCAAUCCAUCUGACAUCCUUAAAGAUUUUAAAAAGGAGAAGAAAGACAAGAAAGAGAAGAAGGAAGCAGAAAGUGAUGCUAAAUCACAAGGCAACAACAAGGAAAAUGAUGUGGCCGCCCAGCUUGCUGCUGCCAACUUUAUGAAUCCAUUCGGUGCUGGUUUUCUGCCCGGAAUGGACCCCUCCAUGUACCCCCUCAUGGGGUUACCUGGGAUGCCGGGGUUCCUACCUGGAAUGGGGAUGCCCUUCAUGCCCCCAGGAUUCAUGCCAGGUGCCGAGCACUUAAUGCAGUAUGAUCCCAUGACAUUUGGGACUCCAUUGUCAUUGUUACAAAUUCCUCAUCAAGCCAUCAAAGAUGUCAGCAUCAAACUCUCAGACCCAAAAGCCAAUGUAGCUCAGUACACACAGGAUUGUAAAUCCAUAAACAGUCUCAAGUCGCUGGUCAACUCGGUUGACUAUAAUUGUGCCAGGGAGUCGACUGUCGAUGUGGGGUACAUCUGUAAGAAAUGUCAGACCGUGUACCCAGCCAAGGAUGCCUGCAUAGCUCACCAGAAGACCCUUUGCUAUCCCACAGUACCAGAAAAUAUCCAACCACUACUGAAGCUGGAACAAAUCCAGUACGAAUGCUAUCUUUGUGCAGAUAAAUGGUCCACAGUGCAGGAGUAUAAACUGCACUGCCAGGGGGAGACCCACAAAGCGAAAGCAGCUCGACUGCAGCAGAAAAGCAGCCCCUCCAAAUCCCCAGCCACAGGCCAUUCAGCAGUUCAGGGGACCACUCAAUCCAAAGAUUCCUCCCUCACCCCCUCAAAAUUUCUCAGUUCUUCCAUUACACCCUCCCCAUUGCCAAAAAAUGACUCUACUGGAGACCAGAACGAGGCCAGUGAUUAAUUUUCAGAAGAAAAUCGUGUAGCUGUUUCGUUGUGUAUACUUCCUAUGUUUCCAAGAACUAUAGGUUUAGAUGUAUUUUUGUUACCAUUUUUUCAUGCAUGUUUUAGGUGUUGGUGUGCAUCUUUGUUGUUGUUCGCGAGACAGAGACUCGUUAAGUGCUGUAGGUGCCACCACCUUUGUUGCCGUAUAAAUUCGGCCACAUAUCCUUCAUGUUGACGUUGUUAUAAAUAAUUCGUUAUUGUUUUAUGCUACAUUUUGAAUGUAGUGUAUUAUUAUUGUUUAUACAUACUAAGGUUCAUUUUAUAUACAUAGUUGCAUUUAUUUUAGUCCAAUGUUUUUGUAUACUGUGUUAGGUAUAUAUUGAUGAGAAGACAGUUUAGACCAAAUUCAGUGUAUCAAUAUUUAUGUGUAUACUUGUGUAUAAUCAGGUUUUUUCUCUCUCCCUCUAGUAGAUUAGGUAAUUAGAAGUAUACAAAUAUGGCUUCCAGUUAUUUCAGCAUACAACCAAAAUUAGAAAUCAAAAAAAGAUAAUGAAAGAAUUUUUUACUUUAAUUUGCAAGAUUUUUUUAUGGGUUUAGUGGCUGCAAGCUACUAGGUUUAACCAACCCAUAUUUUGAUUUGUUCUUUUUUGUUGAAGAAAUAGUCCCAGGCAUUGAUAGGUUGCGAAGAUUGUUUUUUUUUUUUUCAGUUUUCUACCUUGACAUAUAUUUACAAUGUAGGUUCCAAUUAGCUGUAUCGAUACAAUGUAGUCCCAGAAUUUUUAUUAUAUUCAUUUUUUUAUUCUUUUCAUUCCAUAUCUGAAAUAGAUAUUUCAACUUGAUUUUUUUUUCUUCUGUGCAUUUGCUCAGAGUAUCUGCUAUCAUGGACAAGAUGAUAUAUUUUUAGAAGCUUUCUUAGUUUGUAUCAUUAUGCAAAUCUGAUUUUAUUUUGUCAAAAGGUUGUUAUAUUUUUGUGGGCAAAUGAGCAUUUGCAAUAUGUAUGCAUUUAGUUUCCUGCAGCAUCUAAUAUGAACUAAUAAAAGUCAAUAUAGAUAAAAUACCAUGAAAUUUAAAGACCGUAAAAUCAUGUAGUAAUUCACACACAUAUCAUAUCCAUGUUUAAUCUUUCUUUCUACAUAUAUAAAGUUAGAACUAGAUAAUUACAUAAUGAAAGAAUGUAUUUCAAACUGUCUAUGUAAUGACCAACAAUGAAUGAGAUAGGACUGAGUUCUGAACCUUGUUAUAUGCCACUGUAUAUUCUUUGCUUGCAUUAGCUCUUUAGCUGCAUUAGGGUAAUUGUACUAUCCUUGAUCUCAGUGAUUCUCUUUUUGUUAAUCUGACCUCAUGUAAAGAAAUCCCUCUUUCAUCAUUUUUCUUUUGUUCAUUUUAGAUGUAUUAUAGUCAGUUUAGUUAUAUACUUAUACAAAUGUAUUUACAAGCAUAUUAUACUUUUCAUUUUCUUACGUAGUCCAGCAUUUUUUUGAACAUUUUUUUUGUUCUUUUCAAUUUGCUUGUUAUAGUCAGACACUGUUCAAAUUUAAGCAAAGACAAGAGUUCACAACUGAUAACUAAAUGUAAUCUCAAACAUAUAUUACAUGUUUCUAUUUUUCUCUUUCAACAUCCAAACAUUUAAACAAAGGUGCUGUUGUAAUCUGAUUGAAGUAAAUUGAAAGUCAGAGGGUCCCUGAAGGGCCCCCUUACCUUGUAAUCAUGUCCUGUUGUUUUUGAAUCUGUUUAUGAAGUCACUUCAAGGAGGUGUUCAUCAUGUCUAUUUGCUAUUUCUAGCAAAAACAGUCAAUAUUUUAAUUUUUUUUUCAUUUUUCACUGUUACAUCUUUUAGACAUUUUAAAGAGAAGUUAUAUGUAGUCUGCUUUGCAAAUAUAAAAGAAGAAAUAAAUAUAUCUAAAAAUGUC